AUGACGGCCUGCGAUAUCAGGUACUGUACAGAAGACGCAUUCUUCUCGGUGAAGGAGGUUGAUUUGGCGAUCACGGCUGAUCUCGGGACGUUUCAGAGGCUGCCGGGAAUCGUCGAAUAUGGAAACACGGUUGAGUUGGUCUUUACCGGUCGGAGGUUUUCUACAUUGGAGGCGAAGAGCAUGGGUUGGCGAAUUCAGAUCUGGCACGUCAACCCUCUACAUAUUCGUGAACUGUUCCUGAACGGAAGUAGCAGUGGCGAGGGUCAAGCAAAUGGUACUGCAGGGAUGUCUUCUUUGGCUGCACAGGGGAGCUUUACAUUGCCGAAGAGUAACAAGCCAAUCGAUGAGGUGUGGAAGGAGAUCACUGCUAGUGUCUCUGCUCAGUAG